CUCAGGUGUCACACAUGGGAGCAAGCAUUAUUAAUAAAUUUAUUCAGUAUUCAAAAUUCUUAAAAUGUGUAGACCAAUAGCUUGUGCUAGAUAUACUUCAACACUUUGGCUGAUUGGCAGUGGAUUAACGGCAAUUGCAAUUUUAGUUCUACCUCAAGACCCAAAAGAAUUUUACAAGCUUUUUUUGUCAUAUAUAAUAAUUUCCAUGUGGAUGGUUUAUCAUGCCGGAUACAUCAUUAUAAUCUGGACGACGGACAGAAAUCUAUACGUAUUUUUGAUGCUUGCAUUUGGCACCUUGACUGCGCUACUUAUUAUGGCGUUUUUAGUCCUGAACAUGCCAAAAAUUGGUGUUCUGGAUUGGUUUGAUGUCCCAAUGUUUCAAGGAGAACUUGAAAAAGGACGUCGUUUACGUGUACCUCGAUCAACGUCCAUAGAGGCCAAGGAUUUGGGAUGGCUGACGAUUCCUUUGACUCUUUGUAUGCUUUCUGAUGUAAUGUUUCUUUGGGCCUCAAUUCAGGUUACCAAAUUCCAUGAUAAUGAUUACUGGCCAGAGGGCACAGUAGGCUCAAUAAUAUGUCCUCGGUGGAGAUAG